UCAGGCGAUCGAUUUUCUGGCUUUAUCGAUGUUGUCAGUCUCAAUUUAGCAAACAACGCCGACUUAUUCGAAGGUCGCGCGCAGUGUAUAUCGAUUUCUCUGUAGAGCGGCGAAUAGCGAUGAAAAAAUGGCGAAUGAAGACAUCAGCUGCGAGCUGCUGUAGAUGAACAAAGACGACACGUUAGCUGGCACGAUGAGUGGUGUGAGUCGAAUGUCCAUCCGAGGAUCGGCCAAUGUGAACUCUAGAACAGCACUCCAGAUUCCACCAAAGGAUCGUUCUGUGCGCCUGCGCGUGAUGCCCGAACAGAGCAAUGACUAUAGAGUGGUGGUUUUUGGAGCGGCUGGAGUGGGCAAAAGUUCAUUAGUGUUGAGGUUUGUGAAAGGAACAUUUAAGGAGAGUUAUAUUCCUACCAUUGAGGAUACUUACCGACAAGUGAUAAGUUGUAAUAAACAGGUUUGUACAUUACAAAUCACAGACACUACCGGAAGUCACCAGUUUCCCGCCAUGCAAAGACUUUCAAUCUCCAAAGGCCAUGCUUUCAUUUUAACGUAUUCCAUUACCAGCCGUCAGUCUUUGGAAGAACUGAAACCCAUUUAUAAUGAGAUUGUUCAAAUCAAGGGUGACCUCCGAGACAUUCCGGUAAUGCUUGUAGGGAAUAAAUGUGACGAAGAAUGCCGUGACGUUCCUCAAAGAGAGGGAGCCGAGUUGGCAAAAAGUUGGAAUUGUGCCUUUCUUGAAACUUCGGCAAAAACAAAUUACAAUGUGAAGGAAUUGUUUCAGGAGCUUCUUCAGUUGGAGACGCGGCGGACAAUGAGUCUCCAACUGGAGACGAAGAAAACAAAAUCACAAAAAAGAAAGGAAAAGUUAAAGGGAAAAUGUGUUGUGAUGUAGCCUCCAGUCGUUGUGUGUAUUUUCUAUGCAGAUCAGUAUGUGUGCACUUUGUUGAAUUCCGUUGCAUAUAUCUAACUUUACUUGACACUCUCAGGAUUAUGCCAACGUCUAAGUCAUUUUAUUUUCAAUUGACGCAUGCGUCUCGGUGAAGUCCGUUAUUCGUGUUCGACUGGGCGUCCCUGAACUGUUAGUGUACGGAAAUCUUCAUUUGUUUGAAAGAAACUUAGAAUUGGGUGAAUUGUUGGCCAUCAUGUGGUCUCUGUUGCGACAGAUUAUUUGUUAUGUCCAAAAUCAUUUACAGUUUGUACAUAGAGUAAUUUAGAGAAUUCUAACGUAGAUCCAAGUUGAUUGUUUUUAUAUAAAUAAAAAUAUUUUUGUCAUGUUCAUAAAUCAACAACUGAUGUUUAUCAGGAAAAGAAAUAGUGUUUAUUAGAACUCUUAUAUAAAUUUAAUCUUUAA